CUGGGUUACGCCUACACUAAAUCGACUGUAAUCCUUACUGUACACAACUGAAUCCUCUGCGGGAAUAUUUUAAAAUUUCCUGCAGCUGCAAGUUGUCUUUAAUUAGGCUAAAGAAAUGGACAACUCCGGAAAAGAGAAGGAAGCCAUUCAGCUAAUGGCCGACGCUGAUAAAAAAGUCAAGUCCUCCGGCUCCUUUUUGGGAGGGAUGUUUGGAGGAGGGCACCACAAAGUGGAGGAGGCUUGUGAGAUGUACUGCAGAGCUGCCAACAUGUUCAAGAUGGCCAAGAACUGGAGCGCUGCUGGAAAUGCCUUCUGCAAAGCUGCUCGUCUGCAUAUGCAGCUGCAGAACAAGCAUGACUGUGCGACCAGUUUCAUCGAUGCAGGAAAUGCUUUCAAAAAGUCUGAUCCAAAUGAGGCAAUCAAGUGUUUAAAUGCUGCCGUCGAUAUAUACACAGACAUGGGAAGAUUUACCAUCGCUGCCAAACAUCACAUCAGUAUCGCAGAAAUCUAUGAGUCUGAGCUGGUGGAUAUCGAAAAGGCAAUUGCUCAUUAUGAACAAGCAGCAGACUACUACAAAGGAGAGGAAUCAAACAGUUCUGCAAAUAAAUGUCUGUUGAAAGUGGGAGCCUACUGUGCUCAACUGGAACAAUACCAGAAGGCCAUAGAGAUCUAUGAGCAGGUUGGAGCCAACACCAUGGACAACCCGCUGCUGAAGUACAGCGCCAAAGAGUAUUUUUUUAAAGCAUCCCUGUGUCAUUUCAUUGUUGACGAGCUCAACGCCAAGAUUGCUGUUGAGAAAUAUGAAGAGAUGUUCCCUGCUUUCUCAGACUCCAGAGAAUGCAAGUUGUUGAAGAAACUUCUUGAGGCUCAUGAGGAGCAGAACAGCGAGGCCUUCACAGAAGCAGUGAAGGAGUUUGACUCAAUCUCCCGCCUGGACCAGUGGCACACCACCCUUCUGCUGCGCAUCAAAAAGACCAUCCAGGGUGAUGAAGGGGAUCUGAAAUGAAAGAAUGCUCAGGGUAGGGGAUGCAGCACAGAGGGGACAGUUUCAUCACGCAUGCUUUCACAAAUACUCGCACACUGCAGCGCACUCCUCACUUCCCCUCGCUGUUAUCGCAGCAAGAGGGGCAGUGUUUGCAGUCCCUUUCAAACUUUUCCACUGCUCAUAAGAAGCGCCACAUUUUCUUUUAAUUACAAGCUCAUCCAAAUCCAGUCAGAAUGUAAAUCCUUUCGGCCUCGAUUAGAGGAUUGCUGCAUACCUUUUUUCAGCUGAAAUCCUCCAUGGGAGGGUUUGCAAUCUAAUGUUAGUACUGACAGGAGGCUUUGCAUGUUUUUUACCUUUAUUUCUUAGUUGGAAUUUUUUUUUUGUUAUCCAGUAUGUGUGAACCUGUUUUAUUUUGGAUCAUUUAUCAACAAUCUUUUGUUGUGUGGUGUCAGGUGGAACAGAUAAAAAUCAGAUCCAUGUUUUCAGUUCUGAAUGACGCAUCAAAGCCUAAGUUGUUGCCAUUUUUUCCACCACAUGGAGGAACUUCUCUUGAAACUUGGCAACAAUAUGCACAAGUGUUGACUGUUAUAUAUUUGUAUCUGAACAAACGUAAUCACGUCUUUAUUACCUUAUUAAAACUCUAGGAUGUGUUUGCACCUGUAAAAUAUAGCUUAAAUGUACCAAAAAGCAUUCCUUAAUUUUAAAUAAAGAGCCCCUUACUAUUUAUUUCUGAGGCUGUAAUCUGGGUUAUGUAUAUAAGUCACCUGAAUGCGUUUUUAGAUGUAGUGUGCCUUCUACCCAGCUAGUUGCUUAGCAUGUCAUUGUGUUGUGUACAUCCAUUAGAUUUAGGAACAUCAAGUUUUUACUUAACAGAUCAGAAAUUCUGUCCUCACUUUAAUCCAU